AAAUCUUAAAAAGCGAGCCUAACAUUCAUUGGUGUGGGCUCUGUAUAAAUAGCAAUCCUCGGAGCUAGACUUUGGUCUUUCAUCAUUGUUGAGCUGAGUUGAGUUCCUUUCGAGUUCAUGGAGAUGGAUGCCGAGUUUAAACACAGCCCGACUGAGAUUUUCAGCUACCCUCUGGUUGAAGUUGGAAAGACAGUCAAGAAAAGAAAAUUACUGGCCGAGCAAUUGGGCUUGCCUACACCCAAGCAUAAAUGCUGGGACCUGAAUUUCUCUUCAGAUGAAUAUGUCUCCAUGUUUGAUGAAAUUCCUGUUGAAGUACAGAACAUGGAGACAGGCAUAGCCAAGGGAAAAAUAGUAGGAGGAUAUGUCGAUGUCGGGUCUGGACAUGGAUCAGGAAGAGGUAGCAAAAGUUUUGCAGGAGAUUAUUGUAAUUCUGCAAUUUCAGUUAACAGAGAAGCUGAACUGAACCCUGCAUGUGCCAAGAGCAUAUGUGAUAGGCCUUCCACUUCAUCUGUGAAUUGCAAUGUCAAUACUUUUAAAGACACCGAGAGCAGUUUGGACAGUGUGUCAGCUAUGGAAGCAAAUUAUGGCGAAGCGGAACUAGAAUUCGUGAAUGGAGAAAUGCAUAAACAACCUAUCCAGAACCUCAAUCAGCAGGUCCAAGAUUUUGGAGGUGAGGCAGAUUAUAUCUGCUCAGAAUACGGAGACCACUCCAUUGAGGAAUGUACAGAUAAGGAGGUUGAAGACAUUAUCUACUCCGAUUGUUUGAACCCUCAUGCAUACAUACUUUCAUCAGGAAGGUGGAGUGUUAAUCAAGAGGCUCAAUCAGGCGGCACCAGGAAGCCAACCAUUGAUCAAGAAUUCGAGCAGUACUUUUCAUCACUUAUGCUGUAGCGCUCAUUGCACGGAAGUGAGCAUAAACUGUGUAUAGUUUAUUAUAUAGAUGAAUUUAUGUUGUAACUUGUGCUUGAAUAAUGUAACCAAUC